UACCUUAAACUAAUAACAAAAGUUCAACACUUCUUUUAAUUACAAUUAUUUAUAUUUGCAGUGAUGGCGAGUCAUGUAACCACAUAGGUGCGUUGCUGUAUACGGUCGCAGACAUUUGUCAGAAAAGGAGAGAUGGUACCCUCUCGUCAACAUCACAGAAAUGUAAAUGGUCUAAUCCCCGAAAGAGGAAACUAAGUCCAAAAACGUCGCAGGAUGUUUCCUUCGUUAAGUACAGGUUUGAUAAGUCCUUAAGAAAACAAAAAGAAAGUGACUCUGUAAAAAAAAAAUCACACACAAAUGGAAAAAAGGAUGUACAGUUAAUGUUGAUCGAUUCAAAGAGAGACUGUUAGCUGACUCCUUAAAUGUAGGCUGGUUACAAAACUUUGAAAUCCCUUUACCUCAAGAGCCAAAACUGCCGGGCAUGCAUAGUGUGCCAUUCAAAUACAUGGAUUCAGUGGAUCUUAAAAGCGAACAAUGUCAAAAGGUAUUUAGGGGGUAUUUUGGGCACGUAACAAAUAACGUUACACCAGAACAAUGUCAGUUAAUUGAAACAUUGACCCGCGGACAAAAUUCAAGCAAAUGGAUGGAUGCAAGGAAAGAGAGAAUAACAUCUUCAGUAUUCGGACAAGUCAUUAAACGUAAAGAUAGCACUGAGCCAGACAACUUACUUAAAAGUAUGUUGUAUACAUACUUUCAAAAUCCAAAUACAAAAUAUGGAAAAACGCAUGAAAAACCAGCAAGGAAAAUGUACUCUAAGUUCAUGAACAGUAAUGGCCACAAAGGACUUCUUGUGAAAGAAUGUGGCUUUAUAGUUAGCAAGGAUAGUCCAUUUUUGGGUACAAGCCCAGAUGGGCUUGUUUACUGCACUCAUUGUGAAUCGCAGUUAGGACUUGUCGAAAUAAAGUGCCCGGCAGCAAUGAAGUGGAGAAUGAAAUCACCAAAUGAAUGUGCGAGUGAUAAAGAUUUUUUUUGUGAAAUUUCAGAUGGAAAAGUAUCACUGAAAAAAAAUCAUAACUAUUACUUCCAAGUUCAAGGUCAAAUGGGUAUCACAGGCAGGAAAUAGUGCGAUUUUAUAGUUUGGACAUGUGUUGGUAUGACAGUUGAAAGGAUCACAUUUGAUGAGGAACUCUGGGUUCAAAUGGUUAAAAAAAACUUGAACAGUUCUAUGUCACUGCUUACAUUGCAGAACUGUUUUCAAGACGAGUUCAAAGAGGUAUUCCUCUGUUUACUGCAAAGUAAAAAACUUGCUUUGAUCAAAGUACUGUUGAGAAAAAUGGUUUAAAAUUCCUGGUAGUAUUUGUACUUUCAGCAGUGUAAAAACUAUUUGCCA